AUGAUUUUCCCACAGAGUUUGCCAGACUGGAACAACCUCAGGGUCAUCCAUAAGGGCACACUCCCCCCAAGGGCGCACUUCUAUUCCUAUGUUUCCAAUGAAAAGGCCCUUACAUUAGACCGCCAACAGAGCGAGUACGUUUCCUUGAAUGGCACCUGGAAAUUUCACCAUGACGAAUCUCCACUUGAAGCUCCUGAUUGGGAAUCUGCCGAUCCCUUAAGCUGGGACGAUAUCAAAGUUCCAGGGAUGUGGCAGCUUCAAGGAUAUUCGCAUCCAACCUACACCAAUGUCAAUUACCCGUUCCACGUAAACCCCCCACAUGUGCCUCUUUUGAAUGAGACCGGGUCAUAUUGGAGACAAUUCGUCGUGUCGCAAGCAUGGGAUGGGCAGCAGAUCCGUAUUCGAUUUGAAGGCGUUGAUAGUGCUUUCCAUCUAUGGAUCAAUGGAAAGCUCGUAGGAUAUUCACAAGGUUCACGGAAUCCUGCCGAGUUUGACAUCAGCAAUUUUCUUCAACCCACAGGAUCCGCGAAUACAAUUGCAGUACGCGUGUACGAGUUCUGUGAUGGAUCAUAUAUCGAACGUCAGGACCAGUGGCUACUUAGUGGCAUCUUUCGAGAUGUUGGUUUGCUUGCAUUUCCACCGGAUUCAGUAAUUGACUUCAACGCUGUGCCGACACUAAGCGAGGAUCUAGCCUCUGGUGAGCUUACCAUCAGUGUGAAAACACGGGGUCAAGAUGGUGUUUUGCAGGCGAAGUUAUAUCGCCCGGAUGGCACGAUCCUGAAUGAAUCAACUUUCACUUCCGCCGAACCUUGUAAUAUUCGUGUGCUGGGUGAAGAUCUGGAGCUAUGGUCCGCUGAGAAUCCUAUUCUUUACACAUUGCUUUUAUCAUUCAAAGGCCGUACAAUCCCCCAACGUAUAGGUUUCCGACGCAUUGAGCAAAAGAAUUCCAACUUCCUUGUUAACGGAAAACCGAUCAUCCUGUACGGUAUGAAUCGCCACGAACACCACCACCUUCAUGGACGUGCCGUACCCUAUGAGAGUAUGCGUGCAGAUUUGAUCCUCAUGAAGAAGCACAACAUUAAUGCUCUAAGGUGCGCCCACCAACCGAAUGAUCCACGACUCUAUGAAGUUUGUGAUGAGUUGGGGUUAUAUGUGAUUGCAGAGGCAGAUCUUGAGACCCAUGGGUUUGAUCCAGUAGAAAGAAAUAAUAUUAAGGAUCAACACCUGAUGACUGAGCAUGAAAUUCAAGAGACUUCGUAUAAGUUGGCAAAGAAGUGGACAUCGGACAAUCCCGAAUGGAAGGAUGCCUAUCUUGAUCGUGCUGUUGAACUUGUGGAGAGAUUUAAAAAUUUCACUUGUAUCAUCUUCUGGUCUCUCGGGAACGAGGCAUUUUACGGUCAAAAUCACUCUUCCAUGUACAAGUGGAUUAAAGAAACCGACCCUACUCGUCUUAUCCACUACGAGGGAGACAGGGACGCUAUUACAGCCGAUUUGUACUCUAGCAUGUAUUGGAGUGUAGACACUUUGAAGGCUCACAUUAGAGAAAAGACGGACAAACCUUUGAUUCAGUGCGAGUAUGGCCAUGCUAUGGGUAAUGGGCCGGGCGGUUUGAAAGAAUAUAUCCAUGCUUAUCGCAGUGAGGAAUUACUGCAGGGGGGGUUCAUCUGGGAGUGGUGUAAUCAUGGACUUCUCAAGAGGGACGGUGAUACGUCUUAUUACGCUUAUGGUGGUGAUUACGGGGAUGAGCCUAAUGAUGCAGAUUUCAUCCUUGAUGGAAUGGUUUUCUCAGAUCAUACCCCAACUCCUGGUCUGAUUGAAUACAAGAAAGUGAUUGAACCCGUCACAGUGCAGUUAAAGGGAGAGCAACUAGAGAUAAAAAACCACUAUGACUUCAGUACCUUAGACCACCUGACAGUUUAUUGGCACCUUGUCGAAGAGACUGGGAGCACAGAACCGAUCCUCUGGCAGCUCCCCGCAAUUAACCCCGGACAGUCGAAGUUGGUUGAACUUCCGCAAGGUGUGAAGUUGGGCUCUAAAUCAACCUGGCUCGCCUUGAAUUUCUGUCUUAGAGAUGCAACGGUCUGGGCAGCACAAGGCCAUGAGAUUGCUUGGGCGCAAAUUCCUUUAUUUGAUGAUGAGGCACUUUCCAUCCCUCCGGCUCCCGUCCUUCCAGGAUCAAUUCUAUCUGUUUCGGAGGGACUGGGAAGACUAUAUAUCGUCUCGAAUAGUUUUGGUUCACGGUUUACUUACGAUUUGGUCAGAGGAAACCUCUCUUGGUCCACAGAUACAGGUAAGAUUUUCAAUAGCGGGCCUCAGCUAGGGAUAUACCGUGCUUUGACCCAGAAUGACCUUGGUCUGGAAGGACCUCAUCUCGAAUGGGAACGCUUCCGUAUCGAAAGCACUCGCAUGCUUGUCCAAUCUGUGACUUGGAGUUGCAAUGAGGAUGGAACCGUGACCAUUGAUACGAAGGUCCGCGUUGCGCCCACGGUUCUCGAGUGGGCGCUCGAAGCUACCCUAAGUUAUACAAUUACCGAGUCAUCUGUCAAUCUUCAUGUGAAAGGUGAUUUUUCUGGCACAUACCCGAAAUAUAUUCCGCGACUCGGGGUCACCGUACGCCUACCUCGACGCUACGAUGCCUCCACAUGGUUCGGUAGAGGUCCGGGAGAAUCAUACCGCGACAAGAAGUCUGCUGCCCGCUUUGGGACAUACACGACUAGUAUACGUGAAGGUCUGCAGACCCCGUAUGAGUGGCCCCAGGAGAACGGCAACCGGACUGACACACGCUGGACUCGUAUACAUUCAUCUCUAGCCGAUACGUCAUAUGCCGCCUCCGCGAAGGCACUUGCUUCCAUACCUGGAAUUGAGGUGAGAAUGGACUCUCCAUUCAAUUUUUCCCUCCGUCAGUAUUCUAUUUCCGAGCUUGAUCGCGCAAAACAUCCCCAUGAGCUCUCAGAACUAGUUGAUGAAUCCGAGCUAAAUGUUGAUUUCGCGCACCACGGAAUUGGAACAGCAAGUUGUGGUCCGGGUCCUUUCCAGGGUCAUAGAUUAGAGGCUGGUCCCUUUGAGUUCACUGUGAUAUUCCGUUUGAGUGAUCUGGCAUAG